CUGCUGUGUUCUGGUUGCUUUGUUUACAAACAUCACAGGCGAACUUGCAGACGUAUUUUCUCGACGACUACUGCUCCAACACGCUCAACAUGGACGCCGCCCGCAUCACCGCUGGACGUCUCCUGCUACACAAACCUGACCAGCCUCUGAGGAACCUGGACUGUCACAUGACCAUCCUGGCACCGUCCAACAAACGGCUGACCUUCAAGUUCCACCAGUUCAACCUCAACUCACCCCAAGGGUGCAGCAACAACCACCUGCAGAUCUAUGACGACAGGCUCCUGAAGAUUCCCCUCACAGACGAGCUGUGUAACAGUAGAGUGCCCAACAAAGCCUACGUCACCUCCACCGAGGCUGGUUCUCUCCGACUCAAGAAGGAGCAGUUCCACAACGAUCAGUUUGAUGUCGUCUUCACAGCUUUCACCUUUUCCCCAUGCACAGGAGGUGAGUACGCAUGCGCCAACGCCCACUGCAUCGCCAGCGAACUCUACUGCAACGGCUACGAUAACUGCGGCGACGAGUCGGACAUCUGCCUACUGCGGGCGGGGGCCGUCAUUGCCAUCAUCAUCGCCGUCUCCGUCAUCGUCGUCAUCCUCGCUAUCGUCCUCGGCGUUUACCUCUUUCGUCGCCAGAGGAGGAUUAGACGAGAGAGGGUGUCCGGCUGA